GCAGUUGGCCAACAAUGAAUGGCGCCAUUCAUUGGGCUAAUAAAGAACUUAAGGUUAGCGCCAUUCGCAAAACUGUUUGUAAUUUUUCUAUUCUCUAUUGGCAGAGCAUGGGGAAUAGUUUGGUUUUGCUGAUGCUGCUACUCGCCGCCCUGGGCCUUUUGGGUGCCUCAUUAGUAGGCAAAGUCGUCAGCGAGUCAGUUGAGAUGCCAGGUGAACGUGUGCUGCGGAUGAUUCCAGCGUCAGCACGAGGCAGUUUUCUGCUCUACCAAUUAGCAACGGCCAUAAAUUCUGUAGACUACCCCUGGCUGGAGGUGGAGCAGGAGCAGGAGCAGGAGUUGCUCGUGGCUCAAGAAGUGGACUCCAGCUGGCUGUCUGCAAUGGCAAAUGAAUUUCAGCAUGUUCCUGUCCAUGAGAGUUUUCCCAUGGACUUUCAGACCUGGCUUGUGGACAGUUAUGGAAUUAACACCCUGGACGUCUAUCAGAACUGGCCGAGGAGGCGAUCUGGCCAAGCUCAGUCGAUAUGUAAUGCUGAUGGUCAGUGCUUUGAGGUGGCUGAAAUUGUAGCCGCAUGUUGUCCAUUUUGAGGGGGUGCUCACUGUGUGUAUGCCAAGUAAAACGCAUUAAAAAUCAUUAA